AACCCUUCCCAGCCCUUUGAUACCUCGCUCCGGUUGCCCUGAAGCUCACCAGCUCAGUCCUCGGUGCGUCCUGCUCGCCGGCCACACGUACCCAGGCCAGGAUGGCAUUCUCCCUGGCCUUGCGCAUGGCGCUGCUGCUCCUCUCCGGGGUCCUUGCCCCUGCGGUGCUCACAGCCGAGGGCCCGCAGGAGCCCGUGCCCACGCUGUGGAACGAGCCCGCCGAGCUGCCCUCUGGAGAAGGCCCCUUGGAGAGCACCAGCCCCGCCCGGGAGCCCGCGGCCACGGGCCCCCCGGGCGGCACUGCGCCGCCGAGCCCCGAGGACAGCACCCCGCGGGAGCAUCUGGACCAUGGUGGCGGCUCGCUGGGGCCCGGCGCCAUCGCGGCCAUUGUCAUCGCCGCCCUGCUGGCCACCUGCGUGGUGCUGGCACUUGUGGUCGUCGCGCUGAGAAAGUUUUCCGCCUCCUGAAGCGAAUAAAGGGGCCGCGCUCCUGCCGGGCGCACCCGGGUAAAAAAAAAAAAAA